AUGAAGUAUUUGCUACUGUCAAUGUCGACAUCGCCUGAAGAGGAAGAGGAAACUACUCCAAAAGCAAAGAUUGACACGGGAGCCCAAGGAAAUGUGCUACCCCUCCGCAUCUAUCGCAACAUGUAUCCCCAAAAUAUCAACGCCAACGGCAAACCAAGGCCAAGAACACUGAACCAAUCAAAAGUCAUCCUAGUAGCAUAUGGUGGCUCAGAAAUCAAGCACUUCAGUUCAGCCAAAAUCCCAUGUGAGUUCAAAGGCAUCAAGAUAACAGCAACCUUCUAUGUCACAGACACCAGCGCUCCUGCAAUCAUCGGUCUUCACACCGCAACUCAACUCAACCUUGUGAAAUUCAAUCUCAAAGUGAAAAAAUCUCCACAACCUGAACUUUGUGCUCAAUCAGUCAAAUCAGCACCAAUCAGAAGCAAACAAGAUCUCAUUGCACGGUACCCAGAAUGCUUUGAUGGAAUAGGAAAGCUCAAGGGUGAGUAUCAUAUCACCUUGGAUCCUACCUCCAGUGGUCCAUCCCCCACGCAAAGUACCCAUCAGCAUGAAAGACGAAACCAAGGAUGA